AUGCAGUUAUACAAUGUCUUCACCUACUCCAUCGUCCGCAAUCAACUCAUCGCCAAUACCGUUUUGGUUGCCGUUGCGACUCUCUUGAUAGUAUUGCGAUUCAUUUCCCGACGGCUCCGCGAAAGUCGAUUGGGAUGGGACGAUGCAUUCUGUGUUGGGGGCAUGCUGCACACUUAUGGCAUGCUCGCAAUGCACUUUCACUACGCCCGCAUUGGGAUGCGACAGCACAUUGGGGAUAUUCCUAUGGAAAAUGCUGUGCUGAUCGCUAAAAUGCUGAUUGUGUACCAAGUCGUCUAUUACAACGCCAUGGUUCUUGCCAAGUUCUCCUACCUCGCCUUUUACUUGCGCAUUUUUGUGUCCAGGGAGUUUCGCAUCCUGACAUGGGUGUGCAUGGGGUGCGCAGCUGCCUACUGGGUUGGGAGUAUGCUCCAAAUCUUCUUGAUAUGCACCCCCUUUGCGAAAAACUGGAAUCCGACACUGCCCGGUCAUUGCGCGAGCCAGAAUGUCGCUUUCUCGACGAUUGGCGCAUUCAAUCUUAUCACGGAUGUGCUAAUCAUGGCCCUACCAAUCCGUUUUAUCUGGAAGUUACAAAUGUCCAUGGCGACUAAGAUGGCACUGUUUGGCAUCUUUAGUCUGGGUAUAUUGUAUGUUCCUUCUGUCUCACUGGAAAAUUCCAAUGCUAACGUGACCUGCAGUAUUUCCUCCAUCACCAUCAUCCGCAUCCGUGUCCUCACGACCGUCGAUUUUACCGAUCUUUCCUACUCCAUGAUCUGGGCGGCCUUCUGGAGUGUUACCGAGCCGGCCCUUGCCAUUGCCAAUUCCUGUGCCCCAAUGCUCCGACCUAUCCUCAAAGCCGCUUUCCCGUCCCUGUUUGCUAGUGCGCAGAGUGGAUACUCCACACAACCGGUGUCUGGACCUAUCAGCAAAAGUACUCCAUCGAGACGCAUGGAUGGGAUGGAUGAGAUGGACAGUGAAUUUCCCCUCACACGAUUGCACGGAGACACCAGGUCAGCGGAUGAGGGGUCAUUGAAUGAUCAAUCGCAAGAUGACCGCUCGCAGGAUUUGCCAUAUCACACGAAAAGUGUUGCGAUGUCUCUCAAAGGGCAUUCAUAG